GUUAUCCAGCCUUAUCAUGCCUCAUGGACGAGGAAGAUGUCCUGGAUCUGGGCGGUCAAGUACUACCGUGGAUCAGUAACCAAGCCAUCCUGAUAGGGCAACAGACGCGUAAUAAGGUUUACGGUACGCUGGGCUGCGAGCUGUUCGUUCUAUCCCAGCACAUCCCAACUAUCAGCGAGACAGCCCUUGCGCGAGAGAGAUUGCUGAAGAUAUUCGAGAUUAUCGAUAAAGCGUGCUCAACGUCGCGGAACGAGGCAGAUCGAUUUCGGGCUCUGAACAGAAUCCGUAGUUACAAGGAUUCCACGAGCAGAAUCAGACAGACUGUCAUUAGAGAGACACAGGAAAGCUUGAAGCAUUUUGCCCUACAUAGCCCAGAAUACCAUGCUCUCUUGCGACUGAUUUCCGAUUGCUUGACGGUGGACGAAACAGAGCCACUCUAUACCGAGGAACAUCAGGACGAUCACAAUGUCGGAUACCCAGGGUACUUGAACGAAAUCCUCUACAAUCAGCUACAGACCUACGCUACAUGUGGCUGCCGCACCGGACACUUGGAAUCGACUCGACUGCGACUGAGUAUUGAGAGCCAGAUCGUAGAUGACGAUGUUUCCUUUGAGUUCGUCUUUAAGGCCAACUCCUUCCCACCUACGCGUUCCCCCUCAUUCGUGCAGUGGAAGGAGUCGAACGUGACAGUCACAAGACAAACUGAUGUCCAGAAGAGCAAGAAAAAGGUUGGGUUCGCAUCCCCAAAUCGUAAUCUAUCCUCACCGAAACGCCACAGCCCGCACUUAUCAUCACAACGCUUAAGACGGAUUGAGGUGGGGGAAUUCUGCAAAGUGAUCGGGAGUCGGCUUGGGAGCCCUGUACAAUUUUAUAUCCAAUCAAACGUCCUGAAGGUGAUCGAACCACCUGAUUCUAAGCCCUCCCGUGGCAUUCGCCCUACUGAAGGCCAUUCUCUAGGGCACUGGCUCAGACAAAUACCCCAUCUCUCCAAUAAGGGAAAGUCUCAUCUAGCCUAUACCAUUGCCAAGUCCGUCUGGCAGUAUUACAGUUCACCGUGGAUGAUGGCGCCCUGGACCCACGACAGCAUUGAAUUGUUAAUCGAAGAGACUGGCCUGGCAGGUCAGGAAAGACCACAUCCUUAUCUGACAACGAACAUGGUUCGAGCGAUAGUUAAACCUACAGACUGCUACUAUGCUGAUGAUCUCAUGCACCAAUAUCCAAACAUUCUGGCAUUGGGGAUUCUUCUUAUCGAAAUUGCCAUCAAGCAGCCCUUAACAAGUGAAGAAUGCCCUCUCCCCUUGAGCGAAACUGCGAUGAAUGACUACUAUACGUGGGCGUGGACAACGGCAAACAGAAGCAACUUGAAGGACAUGGUGCAUCCUACAUAUGAAGAGGCUGUUAAUAACUGCCUCAACCCUGAGCUAUUUGGAGGCUACUCAAUACAACAGUAUGCAGAGGCAGAGCAGAUCAAGGCCCGACAGAGGGUUCUUUACGAGAAGAUUGUUUCCCCAUUGAAAAGAUUGUCCGAGGCCUAUCAAGAUGACUGGGAUAUCCAGAGUCCUCCUACCACGGAGACGAUUGGGACAUCCUCCCACCAUGCCUUUUCAGAGCAGACGGUCAUUACCUCACAUUUCCCCGUCCAGGAAGAUUUCACGAUCGCAAUAUUUUGUGCCUUGCCGCUAGAGGUUGAUGCGGUUAGCGCUGUGUUUGAUGAACGGUAUGAAGACUUAAGGCUGUAUCAGAACGCGCUGGGAGACUCGAACACGUACACUCUUGGUCGAGUGGGUCGUCAUCACGCUGCUCUGGUACAUCUCCCGGGAAUGGGAAAAAGCGUUGCGUCUCAGGCCUCCUCUACUAUACGGUCAACCUAUCCGAACAUUAAGCUCGCUCUAGUGGUCGGAAUCUGUGGCGGUGUUCCAUACAAAAAGGGGAACAAGGAGAUCCUCCUCGGAGAUAUAGUAGUCAGUGAUGGAAUUAUCCAGCAUGAUUUUGGGCGAAGGAUUCCUGGGGCAUUCCUGCCGAAAACAUCAGUUACCGAUGGGCUUGGACGGCCCAAUACCGCUAUACGUGGUUUUCUUUCGAAGGUAAAGACGACUAUGGCACAACAGCGGAUGUCAAACAAGAUUAAGACAUAUAUGGGAGCUAUAAGCCAGAUGCUUGGCCAUGACACUGCUCGAUAUCCAGGGGUGGAGCAAGAUGAACUCUACGAGUCAAGCUAUCAGCAUAAACAUCACGGCAGCACCACUUGCAGCAGUUGCGCAGACUCAACCAGCAAUAGGGUCUGCGACGAAGUUUUUGAUCUAUCGUGUCAUGAAUUGGGAUGCCGCAGAGAGAACCUUGUAAAACGGAAGCGGCUCCAGGCUGCACUCACACAGGGGCAUACCCCCACUCCGGCAGUUCACUUGGGUCUCAUUGCAUCUGGAGAUACUGUCAUGAAGUCUGGGCUAGACAGAGACCUCAUCGCAAUGCGGGAUAGUGUGAUAGCGUUUGAAAUGGAGGGUGCAGGGGUCUGGGAUAUUCUGCCUUGUCUAGUGGUGAAGGGCGUUUGUGACUAUGCUGAUAGCCAUAAGAAUAAAAUAUGGCAACCGUACGCUGCAGCGACAGGGGCUGCCUGCAUGAAGGCUUUGCUCGAUGAGUGGUCAUUUUGAUACAGUUAGAGCAUAUAGUGCAUGUUUAUAAUCUAUAACGUAACAAUGCUUGAUAGACGUCUCAACAUUCUUAUACUUGGU